AUAUAAUAUUCCAAACUUUCAUUUCUCCAACAGCAUUCACAUUCACCUUCAACUUCACAUUCAGCUUAAUCUAAACUCAAGAAAUUUCAGCCAUGUCUGGAAGAGGCAAGGGAGGAAAGGGUCUUGGAAAGGGAGGAGCCAAACGUCACCGUAAAGUUCUCAGAGACAACAUUCAGGGAAUUACAAAGCCCGCCAUUCGCCGUCUCGCAAGACGUGGUGGUGUGAAACGUAUCAGCGGUUUAAUUUAUGAAGAAACUCGUGGUGUUCUCAAGAUCUUUCUUGAGAACGUGAUUCGUGAUGCUGUUACAUAUACCGAGCACGCUCGCCGUAAGACUGUUACUGCGAUGGACGUUGUUUACGCGCUCAAGAGACAGGGAAGGACCCUUUACGGCUUCGGCGGUUAGAAUAUUACGGAUUGCUGUAUCAAUUAGGGUUUCUUUUAGUUCGAAUCUCAAUGUUGAUAUGUAUUGUGUAAUAUUUCUCGAGCUUAAGCAUUGACAAGGUUUUUUUUAAUACUUUUCUGAGUUAUUAAUCAAUGAUUUGAAUUUUCAAUAUUUUUCAA